AUUGCGUUUGGCCGUAACGCUGGGAAGGAUCGCCUCCCACACUGCGCAAGCGACGCCUCAGUCAUCAGUUCCUCACUCGCAGUACGGACGGUGAAGCGGCAAUACUGCGAUCAACAUCGCCAUAGUAGUGAAGUGAUUGUGACCGGUUCGUGUUAGAUACACAGUAUAUUUCGUUUCGGAUGCCGGUGAAUCAUGUCACGUGAUAAUUACGAAAUGAAGCCGAAGCAAUUAUCAAGAAACAGCUCUUUAUUUGGAACCGAUCCCCAAGAGCUGUUGAACAAGGCCCUUCAGAAUAACGACUACGCGAAGUUCAAGAAACUCGUUACCGAAGCCAACGUUGAUCUCGAACAUGUUUAUGAAUAUCCUGAUUACAAAACAUGCCUCGAAGUAGCUGUAUGCGACAGAAACAAAUUAGAAUUCGUAAAAUUACUAUUACAAUAUCAAGUAGAAGUGAACAAAGUGAACGUUACACAUUCUGCCGCACCCAUACACUUUGCUGUCGAAAAUGGCAACAUAGACGCACUUGCGGCCCUUUUAGAAGACGACCGAAUUGAUGUUAACGUUAAAAGUAGGGGGAACACCGCGAUAUUGAUGGCCGUCAAACAAAUUGAAGAACUAGACGAUGCCCGUGAACACGAAUUAACAAUAUAUGAAGAUAUGAUUGAACUACUUCUAAAAGCUGGAUGUAAUGCAAAUUCACCAGACCUUAAGGGUGUAACUCCUAUUUAUAGUGCAGCGAAACAAGGCCUAGAAAGAGUUAUCACACUAAUUAUUGACUAUGCAAAGCACGCUAUUGAUAUAGACACGUACAAAGAUAGAAGGGGUAAAACUGCUCGCGAUUAUUUAAAAGAAGCUUUCCCGUAUCUAGAAGCAAAGUUUGAUUCGACUACUCAAGACCCUGAAAUUGUAGACUCUGAUAAAUUAUUCUCAUAUUUAAGCAGACACGAAGAGGACAACUUUAUAAGAGAUUUUCUAAAACUUGCUAACAAAAACGAACAUCGUCAAAUAUUGCCGGUCAACAAUGGUAUGAAUACUAUGUUACAACUAGCAACAGAGAAAGGUUUUGAAAAAGCAGUCAAUACUUUAUUAAGAUAUGGGGCGGAUCCUAACGCAACUUGUUCCAGUAAUACGAGCAGACCGAUUGCGUUGGCGUGUCAAAACGGAUAUUACAAAAUUGUUAAAAUGUUCAUUGAUAAUGAGUCGACUUUGUUCGAUCCAGUUAAUUCGGAAUCUCUAGUGCAAAUUACUAUAAAAGGAAGGCGCUCAUCUAUAAAUAGCCCUAAUGUUAAUUUUGAUGAAUGUUUGCGACUAUUACUCAAUCAUCCUAAAAUGGACAUUAAUGUUAACCAUAUGGAUAUGAAAAAUAACACGGCCCUUCACUAUGCUGCAAGAAACGGUGAUAAUAAAACUGUACUGGAACUACUUAGAAAUGGGGCUUGCAUAGGAUUGCGUAACUCGUUCGACGAACCACCACUCGCAGAUAUUAAUGCUAAAACAUUGGAAGCAUUCUUGGAUGAAUGUGUCACAACGAACAACGAAAGACCAAGCAAUGACGAUUAUGAAAUACACAUGAAAUACAGUUUCCUAGUUUAUCCAAAUAAUUCGCUAGAAAACGAACUUUGUAAAGUGCCACUAAUCGACAAUACUAACAAUAACGUUAAAGAGUAUGAUACUAUAUUAGCACCCGAAACUGAUGCUUUGUUAUACAUGACACGAAAUGAAGAAUUACGACCAUUGCUAAAACACCCAGUGAUAACAAGUUUUCUUUAUUUAAAAUGGCAAAGAAUAAGCUGUCUUUUUUUUGCGAACAUAACGUUUUAUUCCUUUUUGUGGUUAUGUUUAAUUCUCUAUAUUAUUUUGGGAUAUGGCGCUGAAAAGAAACAACGAGACUCUUUUGAGGCGUUAAACGUUAUCACACAUGUCGGUGUUAUUAUUGGUGUGGUUUUGCUAUUGAUCAGGGAAUUAUUUCAACUUUUACUAUCACCGACAAGAUAUUUACAGAGCAUUGAAAAUUGGAUGGAAAUCGGUCUUAUUUUUGUGACGAUUUGGAUAGUGUUUUCUAAAUCGGCUACAGAAUCGACGAAGCAGCAACUUUCAGCGGUUGCAAUUUUGUUAUCAUCAGCCGAAUUAGUUCUACUAAUUGGACAGUUUCCGACACUGUCAACUAACAUCGUCAUGUUGAAAACGGUUUCGUGGAAUUUCUUCAAAUUUUUACUUUGGUAUUGCAUUCUCAUAAUAGCUUUUGCGUUAAGUUUCUACACACUAUUCAGGCAAGAAAAUGAAGAAGAUCAGCGAGCACCAGACCCCAACACAGCCGGUAAAGAGGAAGAAGAAGAAGAUUUCUUCGAAGAUCCUGGUAGAUCUUUAUUUAAGACCAUCGUCAUGUUAACUGGAGAAUUCGAUGCAUCUUCCAUAAAAUUCAGUACAUAUCCCUUAACGAGUCACAUUAUAUUCAUCGUGUUCGUUUUCAUGAUACCCAUUGUGCUUUUUAAUUUACUCAACGGUCUUGCAGUUAGUGACACACAAGAAAUUAGGGCAGACGCCGAAUUAGUGGGGCAUAUUUCUCGAAUUAAACUUAUUUCUUAUAUCGAGAGCGUGCUUAUCGGUAGCGCGAAAACGCAUUCACGACCAUCAAAGUGUUGGUCGUUGCUGCCGUUCAACAUUCAAAACUUAAAUCUCAUUAAACCUAAAACCUUUUUCAUGAAAUCCUUUGCAAAGAGGAUUUGUUUGUUUCCCCAUUUCCUGCCGAAAUAUAAAAUACUUGUUAAACCAAAUCAAAACAAUAUAAUUGAGAUACCGCACGCCGAUGACAAAGACCUUGAAAGGAGCGGGGGGUGUUGUUUCGAGCGCUGUCAAAACUAUAGGCUGGAUCGUAAAAUUGUCAAAAACGCAAAGCUAGUGAUUAGUAAUAAAACAAAGAUAACCGAAUUCGAUGAUAAGCUUUCGAUGUACGAAAAUAAAAUUGAAAAUCUCGAGGCAACUCUGAAGAAAGUAUUAUUAGCCAUUGAAUCGCAACGCAAUUAAUACUAAAGAAUAUUCCAUUUGAUACUUUACUAAUCUUUAUAUACAUUAAUUACGCAUU